AUAUUGAACAUAGCAUUCUUUGGUCCCAUCGUUGGAACACGUUGCUUCUUUGUUUUUUGUUGUUCUUUUUCUUCUACAACUACAUUUAGUUCAAACUCAAUUCUUAUACUUGUUAGUAAAUUAUGGAAGGAUCAGCAUCAUCAUCAAGAUCAACGUCUUUCCAUGAUUUUCUCCACCGUAUGCGACACCCUUCUUCACUUGACCUCGUCCGAGCCAUUAAGAGCUUCAUUGUAUCAUUUUCAUUUUACCAACCAAAACCUGAAAAUGAUGGUCGAAGAGUUCAAGACUUCUUUCUGUCGAUGGAAGUUGCAAUUAGAAAUCAUCCACUUUGGGCAACUGCCACUGAAGAAGACAUUGAUUGUGCCAUGGAGGGUUUGGAAAAAUAUAUAAUGACUAAAUUGUUCUCUCGAACAUUUGCUGCUUCUCCUGAGGAUGCAAAGAUUGACCAUGAAAUCUCUGAGAAAAUAAGCUUGCUGCAAACAUUUUUGAAGCCUGAACAUUUGGAUAUACCACCAGUUCUUCAUAAUGAAGCAUCAUGGCUGCUUGCGGAGAAGGAAUUGCAGAAAAUCAAUGCAUUCAAAGCUCCACAAGAGAAACUCUCAACCAUUAUGAAUUGUUGCAGAGUUAUCAACAAUUUGUUGCUCAAUGCUGCAAUGUCUGAGUAUGUGCCAGCAGGAGCAGAUGACUUUAUCCCUGUGCUCAUAUAUGUUACCAUCAAGGCCAAUCCUCCAAUGUUGCAUUCAAACCUCAAAUUCAUUAAGUUGUAUAGAAGGCAAACAAAACUCAUCUCAGAAGCUGAGUAUUAUUUCACAAAUCUUGUGUCAGCUAAGACAUUUAUAAUUGAAUUGAAUUCUAAAUCCCUCUCAAUUGAUGAAAUCAAAUUUGAGGAGUGCAUGCAAGCAGCCAAAUUGGCCAAGAAAGUCACAAGUGAAUUACACUCUGCAUGUCAAAUUAAACAAGAAGUGAAGAACGAGAGCAAUGUUUCAAACAAAAUGCAUAACAAACUUGAUACUAGAGAGUUUCAUGUUUUGCAACAUGGAACAAAUUAUCCAUACAUGGAAGCAGAGAGCAAAGAUCUAGCAAUGGAAGAUGUGGACAUAUUACUAAAUCACUACAAGGAUUUAGUUGCUAAGUACACAAUCAUAUGCAAAGCUAUCAAUUAUCUUUCAAUGUCAGAGAAAGAACCGUUGCUUCAUCAGCUAGAAAUGCAAGGAGAAGGAAGUAUGCUUUCAGAGUGCCAUGGAAUCAACACAAACACAAAUGAUCGAACCACCUCACAUGAAGAUAAAUUACUAUAAGAAAUUUGUAUUAUCUAUAUCUGUGUAAUAUUAAUUUUGUAUUAUACUAAUAUAGGUGCUUUUUUUGUUUUUUUUUUACCAAAACAAUAUUAACUGAUAUCAUUAAUUAAAAAGUGUGCUAUACAAGGAGGAUAAAUCUCAAUAACAUGUUGACUAGACCAAGAACAGAAAGUCCUAACAAAUGUAUGAACAACCAUAUACUAAUAUAUGUUUGAGAAAUAAUAUUUGUACAACCAUUUUG